AUGGAUCCAUUAACAAGGUACAAAAUGAAAUUAGAAAAAGAUAAAUAACAUUUGCAAGAGUAUGAAAGAAUUCAAAAGGAAAAAGAAUUAUAGAAUGAGAUGAAGUUAAAAUAAAAAUUUGAGAAAUUUAACAAUAUUCAACAGAAAUAGGAAAGAUAAAAGGAAAUAGCAAGACUCAAAGCAGAAUUAAGAAAAAAUCAUUUAGAUAAAACUUUAUUUUAAAGUUAAUAAAUAGAGAAAGAAAAGUUAAAUGUAUAAUUGAAAUUCUAGAUUAUUUAGGGGUAUAAAAAAAAAAUAGCUAAAACUCUUGAUUCUUUAGAAAAAUAUGAAAAUGGAUACCAUAAAGAUUUUCUAUCAUCUUUACACAGAAAACUUUCAAAUCAUUCUCAUUAGGUUGAAUGUGUAAAAUAAUAAAGUGAAGUAAUAUUAGAAAGUAAGAUUAAUAAAGUAAAUCAAUCUCUUGAACUUCGAUUCAAAAAAUCAGAAGAUGUAUUAAUUUUUAGAUUAAUUUAGGUCUUAUCAAAUCUUUCUAAAUAAAAUAGUGAAAGAAAAAAAAGUGAAAAAUUGAAAAUUGAAACAUAUUAGUAAUUGGUUCAAAAACAUUAAGAGAAACUUUAAUAGUCAAGAGAAUUGAAAGCAUUAUAAUUUGAAGAAAAAUUGAAUAAAGUUGAAAAGCUUUAAAAAUUAAAAGAAUAAUAAUAAAAAGAGAAAUAACUAUUAAGAUUAGAAGCUGAUAAAUUAAAAGAAAAAAUGAGUAAAGAAUUUGAAUUAGAAUUGGCUGUAAAAAAUAAUAUUAAAUAUUUUUUAGAAAAUGAAGUCUAAAUAAAUUAAACUAAUAUAGAAUUGA